CCUCCCUCACUCAUUUGUCAAUUAAGACAAAAGUGAGACAUCCCCUCUCCCUCCAACCAUUGAGCUCGACCAGACCAUCCAAGGGAGAGAGAAGGAGCUUCAAAAUCACCUCCAUUGCUGCAAAUUUGAGCUCAAGCUUUAGUGCUCAAAGGAAGAAGAUUAAAGAGGGAAAAAAUUGGGAAAAGUGUGAACAAUUAAGGCACUUGUAAAGGGUAUUUCAAGUGAUUUCACAAAGUUGGAAAAAGUCGCCGGAGUCGUCGCCGUAGUUGACCGAAAGUCGCCGGAGUUUCACCGGAGUUCAACCAAGAAGGGUAGAACUUCAUAACGCUAAUUCAAGGUUGAAGCUAGGGCUUGCUACUUGCACCUUCUCACGGGUGGUAUCAUAUCGGGAAGACGUGAAAUGGAGGGCAGGCGAAUGGGGACCAGGAACAACCCGAGGGGGCAGACGCCGGUAGCAUCCCAAAGGGGAAGCCGGGCUGCAUCUCGGGGUUCAAGAGGAGGCCGUGGAGGUCGUGGAAGCCGUGGAGGUCAUCAAGCUCAAACUGUGAGUGAUGGCCAUGUAAGCUCGGUGUAUGAAACCAACACCGAGGACUAUGACUCGACCUACGUUCCAUAAACGGAGCAUGAGGAGACCCCGUAUGAUGGGGGUGACACAUACACCGAUGAUGAUGAUGAAGAGAGUGAUGCCAAGUUCGCCCAAAUGGGCGAAUUGCUUGAGUGGUAUCAAAAAGAAAAGCUGAGGAGAGACCUUAGGCGCCAAGCAAGGCGUGGCUCUCGCGGUGGUUCGGGUCAAGGAAGCCGGGGAGCUUCAAGGUCCACUCCCGUAGCGCCACAUGAUGGGCGUGAGGGAGGUUUUGUUGUGAGAAUCUCCAAGUACCUCAAGGAGGCUAGGGCCUUGGGGUGUAAGUCCUUUGACGGCACCGGUGACAUUACCGUUGCCGCCGACUGGAUAAAGAAGGUGAAGGAUGCGGCAAAAGACAUGCAAAUUUCACCGGACGUGAAGUUGACUGUUGCUUCACGGCUGCUUGAGGGGAUAGCUUCCACGUGGUGGGAGAGUGUAGAAGGAAAAUACCAUGGGGAGGUCUCGUGGUUGAACUUUGAGCAGGAAUUUUAUGACCAAUACUACACUGACUACGAGAAAAAUGUCAAGCGUAGGGAGUACACCAACCUCAAACAGAAGGAGGGUGUUUCUGUUAAACAGUUGGAGCAAGAUUUUAGAACCUUGGCUAGGUUCUUACCGGAGUACGCGAUCAAUGAGGACCGCAUGUCGGAGCACUUUUGGGAUGCCUUACUCUUGGACAUCCGUGAUCGGGCUACGUACUCGCGCCACAUGACCUUUAGCGAGGUGGUGGAGCAGGGCCUUCUUGGGGAGGCUCAAUGGAACGAGAGAAAAGAAAGAGACGCCGAGGAGGCGAAAAAGAGAAAAUGGCAUAAUUCGGGGCCGCCCGAGCAAGCACGGAAGAAUAACCACGGCGGGGGUGGUGGUACGUUCAAGGCGCCGGCACCACCGGCGAAGAAGAACAAGGAUGCUCGGUGGCACGCAUCCUCCUCUCAAAAUACGGGGCCUCCUAAGUGUGCCAACUGUUCAAAGAACCACUUUGGGAAGUGCAACGCAUCCCCGAGGUGUUAUCGAUGUGGGAACACGGGCCACAUGAAGGCCAAUUGCCCACAAUUGGGGGGAGGAGGAGCUCCGGGAUCCGGAGGAGGAACCAUGACGGGAAGAAACCGUGCGGGCCCGUCAAACGGCGGUACGGGAAGGGGCGGUGCGUCCACGAGUCAUGCCGCGUCCGUCAACCAAGGUGGGACCCAAGCACGAGUGUACGCAAUGACCGAGGCGGAUGCGCGAGCAAACCCGGACUCCGUUGCAGGUUGAAGCUAGGGCUUGCUACUUGCACCUUCUCACGGGUGGUAUCAUAUCGGGAAGACGUGGUUCGUGCUUCCUUAUUUUCUUUCAAACUACUGAACACUUGCUCAUGGAUAUUUGCUCUACUAUAAACUAUUUUUGGGGCUUGCAUGCCCAUGUUGUUGGCCGGUUGUGGCUUAUGACUUACCGUUGAAUAUUUCCGCUAUUCAUUGGUUUAAAUGUGAUGUUGUUAUGUAUGUUUAC